GUGACAGUGUCGGAGGAGGUUGGGAUACUUACUAAAAAUAACAAUCUCCUCCCUGGGCUUUAAUGUUGGAGGCGGAGUGUGUCCUCUCAUUCUCCUGUAGGACGUCGCCAGCCACGCAGCCAGCCAGAUUUGAGACGCAACCUUCACGAUGUCUGAAGAAGGAGCAGGUGGCCUGGUGGUGGACAAUGGCUCUGGUAUGGUCAAAGCUGGUUUUGCCGGCGACGAUGCACCGCGGGCUGUCUUUCCUUCCAUCGUCGGCAGACCGCGACAUCACGGUGUAAUGGUGGGCAUGGGACAAAAGGAUGCAUAUAUUGGAGACGAGGCCCAGAGCAAGCGAGGCAUCCUGACACUAAAGUACCCUAUCGAGCAUGGAAUAGUAACAAACUGGGACGACAUGGAAAAAAUUUGGCAUCACACUUUUUACAACGAGCUUCGCGUUGCCCCUGAGGAAUCCCCGGUUCUCUUAACUGAGGCUCCCCUCAAUCCCAAAGCAAACCGUGAGAAGAUGACCCAAAUCAUGUUCGAAACUUUCGCCACCCCCGCCAUGUACGUGGCCAUCCAGGCUGUCCUGUCCCUGUACGCCUCUGGCCGAACCACUGGUAUCGUGCUGGACUCUGGCGAUGGCGUGACACACACUGUCCCAAUCUACGAAGGUUACGCUCUUCCUCACGCCAUCAUGCGUCUCGACCUCGCCGGCCGUGACCUGACAGACUAUCUGGUGAAAAUUCUUACUGAACGUGGCUACUCCUUCACCACCACCGCUGAACGUGAGAUUGUUCGAGAUAUGAAAGAAAAACUUGGGUACGUUGCAAUGCACUUUGAAAACGAAAUAUCUGCUGCUUCCUCCUCAGAUGACAAGUCCUAUGAACUCCCCGACGGUCAGGUGAUAGACAUUGGCAACGAGCGCUUCAGGUGUCCGGAGUCACUCUUUCAACCCUCACUGCUUGGCAUGGAGGCAGAUGGCAUCCACGAUACCGUCUACAACUCCAUUAUGAAGUGUGACGUGGACAUAAGGAAGGAUUUAUACGCCAACAUUGUCAUGUCUGGCGGCUCCACCAUGUACCCGGGAAUGUCUGACAGACUGCAGAAGGAAAUAACUUAUCUCGCUCCUGCCACAGUAAAAAUUAAGAUUAUUUCCCCUCCAGAGCGCAAGUACUCCGUCUGGAUCGGCGGCUCCAUCCUGGCCUCGCUGUCCACCUUCCAGGCCAUGUGGAUCACCAAGGAGGAGUACGAGGAGUCAGGCCCGGGGAUAGUUCACCGAAAGUGUUUCUAAUCAGCGUCCCGCAGCCGAAACACCAACUACAUUGGACCAAGUUAUGAUCUCACUUUUAUUACCAUGUUCAUCACUGUACUGUACCUGCUAAGUAUGAAUGUAAGAUUAUAUAUUAAUAAUAAAAGAUAAUAAAAAACGGAGUG